AUGAUUGUGCGCCCGCAUGUGAGCGCACGUCAGAGGGGUAGCGGGUUUGCGGGACGCCGGCUGGGCAGUCAGAUGAAAUCCUCGCCGUUUUCUAGUAAUUCCUCUCGCGCGGCUGAUCUUUUGGGACGGAGGACGAGGCUCCACGGACACACACACACCGGCAGACAUGUCGUACUGCAGGCAAGAGGGUAAAGACCGCAUCAUCUUCGUGACCAAGGAAGACCACGACACGCCGAGCAACGCUGAGCUGGUCGCAGAUGAUCCCAACGAUCCGUACGAGGAGCAAGGUCUGAUCCUUCCGAAUGGAGACAUCAACUGGAACUGCCCGUGCCUGGGCGGCAUGGCCAGCGGACCGUGUGGCUCUCAGUUCAAAGAGGCGUUUUCCUGUUUCCACUACAGCAAGGAAGAGGUGAAGGGCUCCGAGUGCAUCGACAACUUCCGUGACAUGCAAGAGUGCAUGCAGAAGUACCCCGAGCUCUAUCCUCAGGAGGAAGACAAAGAAGGCUCCCCCCAAGCAGAGUCUGACGCCAGCGUGGCCUCCGCUGCCCCGACCGAGGGCUCUGCCUUAUCUCCCGAAACUGACGCUACCCCGUCCACUUCUACCCCGUCAACCUCAUCUGACAGCGUGUCACCCACAGACGGCCAGACUGCCAGCUAAGGUCGAUCAAUCAUCAUUUACAGGCUCCCGUUCUCUGUGUGCAAGCACUGCCCAGCAUAAGUGACUCCCCACGAGGAGCUCUGAUCGGUCUCCAGGCCCGACAGUGAGGGCUGAGACUGACACAGCUCUGACAACUGCAGGCUGUAUUUACAAAGGCCGUCAGAGGAGGACUUUGUGAAUGCAGACAAACAGCAUAUGUACAAGUUUAGGCUUCUUUAAUUUGGCGAGAACCCAGAAAUCAUCUGAUGAUUGCCGGCUAGGGGGGGUUAGCUCACCUCACCUUAUAUUCAAUUGGUAAAUUAGUUUUCUCGUGUUAAUCAGGAGUUUCUCAUUUUGUUUGUCAGCAUUGAUUUAUCACUUAUCAAUUUGACAGAAAUCUGAGCAGUAAUCACUUGAAUUUCUUUUUCAGAUCUCUGCAAUGUUCAACUUUUCUUAGGAAUUUACCUCAACUCAAGAUAGUUUUCAGUUUUACAUUUUCUUUCCAUCACUUGAGACCAAAACACAGAUACUCUGUAAGAAAACAAGGCUACUGGUGCAGCAUCUGUCCAGUGGACAUUUCAUUGGUAUUAACACAGAUGUUUUAAAUGUGUUUGUUGACAUCUUGUAGAAACUUCAGGGUCUGCGUCUACACUUGUUGCCGUGGAAACGAUGGUUGUCAAUUUCAUCAACCAACACUGUAUCUGGCCUCGACCAAAGUGGUUUGUCAUGUUUAACGUAAUGUUUUCCUUGUCUCAACACUGUAAAGAGUCUCCACUUUGAACGCUGUGGUCAUCAUUCAGUGUCAUUCAGACCUUAAAGGACUUCAUGGUAUUUAUAAAACAUGUCCAGAUUAAAAUGAUCGUCAAACAA